AUGUGCUACACCAACUCAAACCGUAAAACUAGAACUUGCAUACCUACAAAAGGGCUAACUGCAACUUUUAUGCCACAGCUCAGCUGCGAGGACUUCACGGUUGUCCGGACUAAGCUCAACCUGCUGACGGGGGAAUCCCUGGAUGUACUAUUGGGUUCAGCAUACAUGCCCUACGACUCCGAGAAUCCACCACCGCAAGCGGAAUUCAGAAAUGUGAUUGACUAUGCUGAAAGGUGUGGACUGAAUUUACUUCUCGGAUGCGAUGCUAAUUCCCACCAUGUUGGAUGGGGAAGCUCAGAUGUCAAUUCCAGGGGAGAGAGUCUACACAAUUUCAUUAUGAGUACUGGCCUCAUUUUACUUAACAGAGGUACAGAAUUUACCUUCCAGGACUCCAGAAGACAGGUAAUCGACAUCAUGCUAUGUACAAGGAGGAUGGCUGAACUGGUUGCGGACUGGAGGAUCUCUAAUGAGCCCUCCGGAUCUGAUCACAGACAGAUCUGCCUAACUCUAUGUCACAUCACGGACACAUGGGUACGUAACCCAAGAAAGACUGAUUGGAACGGAUACAGGGCGGCUUUGUUAGCCAACUUUAAGUCAGUCCCAACCAACUUUAACAAUAAGGGCGAUCUGGAUAUGGCGGCACUUUUUAUGAAGGAAGUCAUACUAGACGCCUAUGAAGCAAACUGCCCAUUGAGGAGGAGCCAGUCCACUUCCAAAGUUCCCUAG